CAGAGAACAGUGGAGAAGGAGAUGAAGUGAAGAGCGUGAGAGAGAAAACAGGAUACAAUAAAUAAAAGAGUCAUCUUUAAAAAAAAAUAAAAAAAAUAAAAAAAGAAGAAGCAUCUGUGUGUCUGGCAGUGACUUAGUGAGAAGUGAGAUGUGGAUGCCCAGAUGUCUGUUGGUACUUUUAGGAACAGCCGUCUGUUCCAUACAAAGCAGCCCACCCCAUCCACAAGAGAAUUUGGCAUUAAGAGGACAGGCUGUGCAGUCAUCCACAUAUGGACACCUGGUUGCUGCAAAUGCCAUAGAUGGUGAUAAAUUUAAGUCCUGUAGCCAUACAGCGGUUGAUUUUAAUGACCCAUGGUGGAGGCUGGAUCUUCUGGAUUCUUACUAUAUUAGCCGAGUGAUCAUCACUAACAGAGGAGACUGCUGUCCAGAACGACUCGACGGAGCAGAAAUUCUUAUAGGAAACUCUCUGGAGAACAAUGGCAACAACAAUCCCAGAUGUGCUGUGUUAUAUAAUAUUACAGCGGAUUUUACAGGAAAAACCUUUGUUAGGAUGAAGUUUCACUCCAGUGCCGAUACAACUAACCCAUCAGUGAGAAACACAGUUCUUAAUCAGCUCCAGUCUGUUCUGGCAUCCAGAGGGCUCUCUGAUGUCAAACUGUCCUGGACACAACUCCCUCAGCCACUGAAACAGGCAACAGAGCAGGGUACAUGUGUUGAAAAAUAUGUCACCUGAAUAAACAAAUCGUCUUUCAAGGGAAAAUAAAUUAAUAUAUUCAUUUAGCU